GAAGUGACGUCAUUGAUAAGUACCUCUGUAACUGUCGAUCUUCCGCCUACCAGCCAAGCGGACGGAGUGUAUCGCUUUGUGGAUUUCCCCACACACAAAAAACACUCCUGGUUGAUAACGCGAGCAGAGCCGACGCUUCUCUGAGAGUCUUUUUUUCUCCUCAGAUCAACUUGUAACCAGCUUUCCAAAUGAGUGACGGAGAGUGUGACUUCUUCUGCUUCUUCCGCUGUUGCUGAGCGCGCUCUCUACGCGCCUCAGGCAGACGGGAAGACGGGGUGUCUCUGACACAAGCAGGUGGAAAGAGGUGCAGGGAGAAACAGGGAGCUGGAUCCGACAGGUAGGCGGGCCGUCUACCUGUGCGGGUGGUUGAUUCAAUCGAUUGGAUGUCUGUGGACAUGAACAGCCAGGCGUCGGACAGCAACGAGGAAGACUUCGGAGUGAACUCUGGAGAAGAGGAUGAUGAGGACGAUGGAGGAGAAGAGGAGGAUCAGGGCGACCUUGAAACCUACUAUGAUGGUGUGGCCAGCGACGUUGAGCAACAGGGCGCGGACUCCUUUGACCCAGAGGAGUACCUUUUCACUUGUCUGACCUACAAAGAGAGUCAGAGGGUGUUGAUAGAGGAGGUUAACACUGUGGCUGCUGCACUGAAGGUUUUACCAGCAGUAGCAAAACUGAUCCUGGUGCAUUUGCACUGGCAGGUUUCACAAAUACUGGACAGAUAUAAGUCCAACUUGUCUCUGCUGUUGUCGGAUGCUCAGGUCCAGCCCAGCAGCACCUGCAGAUCAGUCCCGGUCCCUCAGUCCCUCCAGUGUGGUGUGUGUCUACAGGUUGUAUGGAGAGACUCCCUGCUGGCACUGCCCUGCCAGCACUCUUUCUGCAAGGCAUGCUGGGAGCAGCACUGCACUGUCCUGGUCAAAGAUGGCAUUGGAGUGGGUAUCACGUGUAUGGCUCAGGACUGUUCCCUGCAGAUGCCAGAAGACUUUGUCCUGCCACUGCUGCCAGGAGAGGAGCUGAAGGACAAAUACAGACGCUACCUCUUCAGAGACUAUGUCGAGAGUCAUUUCCAGUUGCAGUUGUGUCCAGGUGCAGACUGUCCCAUUGUCAUCAAGGUGCAGGAGCCCCGGGCACGCAGGGUGCAGUGUAGCCGCUGCAGUGAAGUCUUCUGUUUUAAAUGCCGUCAGAUGUACCAUGCACCCACAGAUUGUGCAACAAUCCGGAAAUGGCUGACCAAAUGUGCAGAUGAUUCCGAGACGGCUAACUACAUCAGCGCACACACUAAAGAUUGUCCUAAGUGCAAUAUCUGCAUUGAGAAGAACGGAGGGUGCAAUCACAUGCAAUGCUCCAAGUGCAAACACGACUUCUGCUGGAUGUGUCUUGGUGACUGGAAGACUCACGGCAGUGAAUACUACGAGUGCAGCCGCUACAAAGAGAACCCUGAUAUAGUCAACCAGAGCCAGCAGGCUCAGGCCAGAGAGGCCCUGAAAAAAUACCUGUUCUACUUUGAGAGGUGGGAGAAUCACAACAAGUCUCUGCAGUUGGAGGCUCAGACGUACCAGAGGAUCCAGGAGAAGAUCCAGGAGAGAGUGAUGAACAACCUGGGAACCUGGAUUGACUGGCAGUACCUGCAUAACGCUGCAAAGCUACUGGCUAAGUGUCGCUACACACUGCAGUAUACGUACCCUUACGCCUAUUACAUGGACUCUGGCCCACGCAAGAAACUGUUUGAGUACCAGCAGGCCCAGCUGGAAGCAGAAAUAGAAAACCUGUCGUGGAAGGUGGAGCGGGCUGACACCUAUGAGAGGGGAGUGGUGGGAGGCGAGGGAGAGCUCAGCGCCAGUGACAGAGGGGAUCUGGAGAAUCAGAUGCAUAUUGCUGAGCAGAGGCGCCGCACGCUGCUGAAGGAUUUCCAUGACACCUGAAGCUCCAUCGCGACUGCAAAGCACCAGCAUCUCCCUCCUUACAUCCUUCCUUUCUUCUUUGCCUCCUGCCUUUGCUUCCCUCCAUGACCAUCCCUCGGUGAAGUCUCAUGCUGACCCCUCCUUUUUGCUUCUCUACACUCGCUCGUUCGCUUCUUUUGGUCGUUCCCUCCUCUCACUCCCAUCAUGCUGCAGAGUAACAUCAUGGCACGAUUGUUUCUUCCCUUCCUCUUCUCCUCCUCAACUCAUUUACAUGUUUUGGCUCCAGAUCACUACAUUCACCGUGGUUACGCUUGUUGCAGCUUUUUUUUCUUUCAGAUCUAAUCCUAAAGGUCCAAUUUUGAGGUUGUGUCUGAAAACAGUGGGUAUACUUUUAAAGCCACAUUAAGCUUUUAUACUCUGACACGAGCAGAUAAAGAUUUGUUGAAAAGAGCGGUUAUUCUCAAACAUUAUUCCUGUGAUGCUGGAAUAAUCAUUAGAGAGAAAAGGUAAAAUGAUGCAGAAGCUUUUGUUAAGCAGACAAAGAAGAUGUGGGAGAUAGAAUACGCUUUCUUUCAGGAGACUGUGCUGAUUGUGGAUCUGUAUUUGGUGGUUUCACAUAGACUACAAUGACUAGGGGGCACUUGCUGGCAGUUGUACUUGUAGUACUUACUGGAUUGACCUGAACACAUGCAAAGUAGAUUUUUUUUUUCUUUUCUUUUUUUUUCCCAAACAUUUAAAUUUAAGUUACCUCUCCUAAGCUGCAGAAGGUUAAUAGACAUGAAUAAGAAAUUGAUUACAGCAAAGAUGAUGAUGUAGUAGUUGUGGAAGGUUUAAUGAAAGAAGCUGUGUCUAGUGGAGUGUGAAAUGUGUCACUGCCCUGACUUUGUUUUAUCAACAGGAUAGGGGCAACUUCACACAGCCCAAUGAAGAAUUCUCAAUGGCAGUUUAUGGAGACCUUUCAUUGUAAAGGUGCUUUAUUUCUGCCAUAAAUGUGUAUAUGGUGUGUUUACUGUGGAAAAAAAUGGUGACCUCAGAGUCCCACAUACUCCUCGAAAUGAACAAAAUACAGUAUUUUCCUACUUAUGAUGCAUGUUUAUGUAAACAAAGUACAAAAGAAUAAGAUGAAUGUUUAAAAGACAACUUUUUUUAUACAUAUAGAUUCUGUUGCCAGUGUUUCACAAUAAACACACCUUCCCCCUUUGUUUGUUUGUGUUAGUACCUAACCUGACCUACAGCUACGACUGCCAGCAAAUAGUUGCUAGUCAUUAUGGUCGAAGUAAAACCGCUAAGUCCCAUUCUUGUCUCUUUACAUUCUCCUACUGAUGAUGUUGCUUGAUUUUGUUCAGCUAGUGUAGAUCCAAACCAGUGUGAGCCAGACCUUCUUCAUAAAAAUCUAACAUUUGCACCUCCACUGAUCCGAUGAUGAACUUAAGUGUACUCUCAGCCGUUUGUGCACACGACAGCACCCCCCGCCACCCCUGAUAUUGACACAGCAUUUGCACGCACAUACCAUGUACACAUUGACACACUCGUGCUCAAACACUCCGCUGCAGAAAAUAAACGUUAACAGUUAAUCUGUCUCCUUUCCCCAUCUUGUGCUGUCUUCUCUUUCUUUACCUUCAUCCCCUCACUUUAUUUUGCUCUUUAUUUUCUCCUUUCUUCCUUCUCACAUUGUUCACUUUUCUUCUGGAAAAUGGCUGUUGAUAGAUCGUUAAAAAAAAAAAAUACAAAAAAAUUGUUGUAAUUUUCAACGGUUGUACAUUAAUACAGAAAUAGAGUUACUGAGAGUUUUUAAAACCGGA